AUGCCUCCAGCGCAGCAUGCGGGGUGGUUCCCCAGCAUUCUUGGUCGAUCCAUUCUCAGCGGCACCAUGCGCAUCCACCAGAGUAUCCAAGCUUCAGAGAAAGACCUCACCCUCACACCAAACCCAGUCGACAAAACUCCCACCCUCGUCGCACGCGCGGAUAAAACAUAUCACCCGGGAGAUGGCUCAAUAAACCCAAGCAGUAUCAACAUGCGCGGACUGUACGCACUUUUCGCUAUUCUAGGCGCGGCAUUGGUUCUUGCAACCAUCUGGUUCUUCUUCUGGGCGAAAGACGGCGGGUUUGUAUGGAAAGAGGGUGACUGGGAAGAUUACAAGUCAACUGUUCUUCGACGAAAGGGUCCGGAUGGUCGAACACUCAGUGCCGCAACACGAAGCACAAGGCUGGGCGGGGGCAGUAUUAACGGCAAGAGCUUCUUUUCCGGCGACGAUGAUGGAUACACUGUCGCCGACACGGCGCCCACAUACAGCGACGAAACGGCUACAACCAUCACCGAGAAAGAACCCAAGCGAAAACACAACCUCCGCGAUAAGUUCCGCCGCAAACACAGAAGAGAGAAAUACGAAGGAGAAGCAGACGAGGAUGUGCGUGCAUACCGCCAGGAAAAGCCGGCCCAGAUCGGCGGUAUCAAUCGCGAAGCAGACGGCACCUACUACGGCAGCGACUACGACACUUCUGCUCCCCCGACACACUACAACCGAAGCGAGAUGAGCGAAGUCCGCGACUACGCCUACGAGCCAUCACGCCAUCAGAGCCGCCGUGACUUCUCCUUCACCCCCGGGACCGAGGAAACAAUGUCCCAGACCACAACAGAGCACAUGCUCCGUGAGCCUUCCGCCCGCAGACACAACCGUCGCCGCGACAGGCGCAGCCGACCCCCUCCUACCUCGUCUUCCCGGCAGAGCAGCCCCCGCAAGCGUGAAUCUCGCGGUCACUACACCGAACCGCUCGACUUCUCGUCGAACUCCCAGGCUCGCUCCGAUUACCAGUACUCGAACGUCGGGACAGAGGAAGAAGACCUCGGCACCAUCAGCUACCACCAUCCAAUCCCCGGCCUGAGCAAGGGCUACCGACGUGAUGGAGCUCGUAGUCGGCGGAGGGAUAGUCUGAGUGACAGCGAUGGUGAAGAAACGAGGUACUCGUAA